AUGACCAAAUAUACCAGGAAGCUUACACCAAUUGUUGGUGAUGAAUGUCGACGAAGAAGGGCAUGUCAUGAUCGAACUCAAACUGUCAUGAAGAAAGGCGAUGAGUUGGCUGUGUUAUGCCCAGGCACUAGAGUCUGGGUGAUAGUUCAAAGUGAUGGGCAGACAAGUAUUUACAGUUCUGAAGAGUCUUCUUCUCUGCCUAUACUCUCCACUGUUGAUAAUGUUGUUACGACAGGUCCUGGCGAUUACAGAACACACAACGAAGUUAUAGCGACAGGUCUUACCCCGGUUAUACAAUAUAUUCCCCCGCCUUCCACCACACAGCAAGCAACUUCAUCCUUACCUGCCGCCACCUCAUCCUUAACUGCUGCCACCUCACCCUUACCUGCCACCACCUCACCUCGACUUGCCACCACCUCACCUCGACUUGCCACCACCUCACCUCGACCUGUGAGCUCACCUCCACCAUCUAUCACCUCACAAUAUGCCGGAGUUACCAAACGCACAAAUCCUGCUCUGGACCGCGGGCGGAGCUUUCGGCGCAUAUUCGACCUUCAGUAUAGUGACGAAGAAGGGUUGGAAAGGGGUACAAAACUCAGGAAAUUUGGGAAUGAAAGUAUCCAUUCAAGCUCCAGACGAAACUCUCGAAUAAAAGCCGAAUUAAACUCAAGAUCUUACAUGAGAGACAUACCUAAGUUUAGGUCAUCACACGAAAUAACGUCGUCAGGAUCUAGGGCUUAUCUCUAA